AGUAAUCUUGUAAAGUCGAUAAUUUUCCGCUAGAGAGUGCAAAAUUUACCUAAAGCCUCUAUUGAAAAUAAAAAUAUAAAAAAACAAAAUGAGUAAAUACAAUGCAAAGUAUCUGGAAGACAAGCUGAAAGAGAAGCUCGAAGCAACCUACGUGCAGGUCUCAGACGAUUCGGACGGAUGUGGUGGCAAAUUCAGUGUAGUCAUCGUGUCUAAAGUAUUCGAGGGAAAGUCGCUGCUGCAAAAGCACAGAUUGGUUAACUCAACGCUUGCCGAAGAACUAAAGGAAAUACACGCUUUCUCACAAAAGUCAUACACCCCCGAAGAGUGGGAGAAAGUGCAAUCGCAGUAGACUCUAACUGUGACCUGUUGCCAUCGUGGAGCCCAAAACCUGUACAUAUACAUAUGUAUGUUUUGCAUGUAUGUAUGUAUAUGUAUGUGUAAAAUAAGUAAAACCAGCUAACCAACCAGUCUAAAACGAAAACAGUCGAACAAAGAAAGUGAAAGGGAAACGGCCGAUGAACGGAGCUACAAUAAACACGCAACAUUACAUAAAA